AUGUUACUUCAAGUUUUAAUUAAAGGUGCUCUGCGAUACAACCGAUCUCCUGUGUCAAACUUAUGUCGUCAUUAUGCAGCUCAUGUACAGCGUCCGGCUCCUGACUUUUGUGGAACGGCAGUGGUGGAUGGCCAAUUUAAAGAAAUAAAACUGAGAGAUUAUGCUGGCAAAUACUUAGUCCUCUUUUUCUAUCCUCUGGAUUUUACUUUUGUUUGUCCAACUGAGUUAACGGCAUUUUCUGAUCGAAUUGAUGAGUUCAAAAAUGAAGGAGUUGAAGUCGUUGGCGUUUCAACUGAUUCACAUUUCAGUCAUCUCGCUUGGAUAAAUACUCCACGUAAGGAAGGUGGUUUAGGCUGUCUACGCUAUCCACUCUUGGCAGACUAUCAAAAACAAAUUACGCGUGAUUAUGGGGUCCUUCAAGAAGAGUUAGGUGUUGCCCUUCGCGGCUUAUUUAUAAUUAAUCCUGAUGGUAUAGUCCGCCAGAUUACUAUUAACGAUCUUCCUGUUGGAAGAUCUGUUGACGAAGUUUUGAGAUUGGUUAGAGCCUUCCAGUUUACAGAUAAACAUGGUGAAGUUUGCCCAGCAGGUUGGCAACCAAAAGGUCCAACAAUAAAGCCAGAUCUGAAAAAGUACAAGGAGUAUUUUCAGAAGGUUAAUUAA